CCAAUCUCUACACCAUCUAUAUAUUCAUUGUCAAUGCCUCGCAUAAAAAGUCUUCAAAAAACACUCACAUUUACAAAUUCAAACCCCCUUUUGAGAAAUGGAUGGAAUCCCUUCCAUGGACUGCCCUCAGGAUUUCCGCUGCCCGAUUUCCAUGGAGAUCAUGAAGGAUCCUGUCACCAUCUCCACCGGCGUCACCUACGACAGGAAAAACAUCGAGCGAUGGUUCCUCACCUACAAGAAGACCACCUGCCCCGCCACUAUGCAAUGCGUCGAGGCUUUGGAUAUGACUCCCAAUCACACGCUCCAGCGCCUGAUUUCCGCCUGGCAAUCGCGGCGGACGCCGCCGGCGGCGGCGGCGGCGUCGCCAAAGAGAGAUGAGCUGGCAGCCGCGCUCGGGGAGAUCGAUUCGACGCCGUUUAAGGUGAGCUGCUUGAAGAGGCUGAGGUCGAUUGUGGAAUUGGGGGAUGAGGUGAAGGAGGAUUUCAAGAGGUUGGGCGGGGUUGAGGUGCUGGUGCGGAUAAUGGAGCAGGUUUUGGGGGAAAAUUCGGAUUUCGCGGUUUUUAGGGCUUGCGAGGAGGCGGUGGCGGUGCUGCGCCACAUUCCCGUUUCCGACGGCGAUGAGCAGAUUCUGGAGGUGCUGAUGAGCUCCAAUUGUAUGAAUUCGAUGGCGAUCGUGCUGCAGCGCGGGGGCGCGGAGGCGAGAUUCGGCGCGGUGGCGACGUUCGAGAAACUGGCGAGGGCGGACUACCAAUGGAACUACGCGGCGCAGGAUCAAGGCGUCGGCUUCUUCAAAUCGCUGCUGGAGAUCGUGUCCGACGAGAUCUGCAGCAAGGCGAGCUCGUGCGCGCUGAAGCUGCUGGUGCAGAUGCUGGAGGCGUCGAAGAAGUCGAGGCUGAAGGCGAUCGAGGCCGGCGCGAUAUGCACGCUGGUGGAGCUGCUCCCCGAAUCGAGCAGAUCUAAGUGCGAGAGGAUUAUGCAAUUGAUCAAGCUGCUGUGCGAACUGGCGGAGGGGAGGCUGGCCUUCACGGAGCACGGAUUGGGGAUCGCGGCGGUGGCGAAGAAGAUGCUGAAUGUGUCGAGCGGAGGGGCGACGAAGAUUGGGGUGAAGAUACUGAUGCUGGUGGCGAGCUUUCACGCGACGGAGAAGGUGGUGGAGGAGAUGCUGAUGUGCGGGGCGGUGAAGAAGCUGGUGGCGCUGCUGCAUGUCGGGGCGGGGCAGUCGACGACAAAGGAGAGGGCGGCGAAGAUAUUGAAGCUGCACGGCCGGGAGUGGCGGCGGUACCCUUGUUUCACGAGUGACGUCAGGGAUUACUUGGGGUUGGGGGAAUGAAAGUCUAAAUUCAUUUUUUUUUCUUUGAAAAAGGAAAUAUAGAUAUUUGUAAUAUAUUUUAACGAUGAAAUAUACAGAAAUAUUCUUUCUUCCAA